AUGAUAAAGAAGUGUACGUCGAAGGAGCAGUAUUGCGGUCAAUACUUGGAAGAUCGUCUCUGGAAGAGAAUAGUGGAUGGGUCGAUUUCGAUUUGCAAUUCUAUUCGAUCUAACCUCAAGAUAACUCUACAGAGAAAAUUCGAUUGCCUUUUGAGUAAAUCACGAAGCGACAAUGCACAACCACCAAAUGCUAUGACCCUUCCUGGCAGGAGUGAACGCGACACUAUUUGUAACGAGGGUGUCCUAUCAAAUGUUUCUCGAGUGACCGUGUUAGGAGGAUUCACACUCUCUGAGAAUGCGCGCAACAGGGAAAGAGACCAAAGAUCACUCAGAGGAAGUCUCGCGAUACCUUUCCCGUGUGUGUUCUUUAAACAACAAAUCGCUAACCCAGCUGCAGAUGCGAAAUUCCGGCUCUUUGCAAACGAUGUAUAUAAAACGGUAGCUCGAUUUCGUGAGAACAGAACUAAGUCUAACAUUUCUCUUGCACAAAAGCAAGGUAUUAAGGAAGUUCGAGAGUUGAUUAGUUCUAAACAAAUAAGGUUAUCCACAAGUGAUAAAGGUGGGGAGUUUGUGGUCAUUCCACACCAGCUGGAUAUUGCAAUAACAGAAAGACAUUUGCAAGAUAUCUCACUAUAUCGUUUAUCUUCCGUUAGUGAGUUCAUGAAGAAAUCUCGUUUUUUAAACGAGCAAUGGGUUAAGGUAGCAAAAUCCGCCGAGUUUCCUCCUUCUUUAAUUGCUCGCCUUAAGAUUGACCUGCCGACCUGUCCAGUGCUCUAUCUCCUUAUCAAGACGCACAAACUCCAGUCCAGCAGCGAUCUGGCUUCCACUGACCCUGCUACAUUCAAAGUAAGACCUAUAAUUAGUAGUGUAGGGGGUCCUACGGAUAGGAUAGGAUGGUUCCUAAACACAAUAUUUGCACAAGUAUUGAGCCAUAUACCUGCCCAUUUGACAAAUACCCGUAUGUUCCUAGACCACCUACGCACAGCACAACUGACAAGAGACUGUGUCAUGGAGUCUUUUGACGUCGAAGCCCUGUAUACUAAUGUAUCUAAUGACUCUGCGAUACAGGCUAUGUUCGAACUGCUGAAAGAAAACAUAAGAACCAUCAAUUUACACGGAUUGUCAAUCUCCCAAUUGAUGGUUCUUCUCAAGGCGUGCCUCGAUUGCAAUAUCUUUAGAUGGUCCGGGAAUUACUUUGCACAGCUUAGAGGUUUAGCUAUGGGGCAGAGAUUGGCUCCCACCUUAGCUAUUUCAUUUAUGGCCAAAAUUAAAGCACCUGUUCUGGAACUACGUCCAUUGUUCUACUCUCGGUACAUUGACGAUUGUUUUGUCAUUUGCGCCACCCAAGCGGAGAUGGACAAAUGUUUUGGCUUGUUGAACCGACAGUCCGAACACAUAAAACUUGCUAGGGAGAAACCACAGGAUAACUGGCUUCCUUUUCUGAACAUCCAGGUUUGCAUCUCAAACGGUACGUACCAAACGAAAUGGUAUCGUAAGCCGAGUAACAAAAACAUCUUGGUUCAUUUUCUUUCUGCUCAUCCAUUUCACAUGAAGAAAGCUGUGCUUAACAACAUGUUCCGCACGGCAAGAACUGUUUGUAGUGGACCUGAGGAGAGAAAGGAAUCAUUAACUUUGGCUCACGAAAUUGCUGUUUCGAAUGGUUAUGAAGUCCGAACGUCUGAAACGAGACGAUACCGAAGUGAACGAGCACGGCAAGUGGAAAACCCCAUCACAGAUAAGAUACCUCUCUGCUUUCCUUACAUCUCCGAUGAAGUGAGCGCUGCCAUUAGGCGGUGUCUGAGGAGAGCAGACUUGGAUAGCUCCGUUUCGGUCGUUGAAAUACCACCGAACAAUUUGAAACAUCAAUUAGUUCGGAAUCGUUUAUACGAUACCAUCUGUACAACACCGAACUGUAUUAUUUGUCCCACAGGUAGAUCAGGAGACUGCUUGAGAUCCGGGGUAAUCUACCUGAUUUCUUGCACGAACUGUGGCGACGAGUAUAUCGGUGAAACGGCACGACCGCUGUAUGUCCGCAUCAAAGAGCACGUGAGCGGCAAGAAUAGGUUACGAGGAUGGACACCUUUAGGUGCCCAUAGAACACAAAAACACGACGGAGCCGAUUUUGAAAUUAGGGUCCAAAUCUUAGCGCACGAAACUAAAACGUUGGCUCGAAAAUCGCUGGAGGCAUUUUGGAUCCAAGCCAAAAACCCUAAAAUGAACCGCAAGGGUGAAUGUCUGUCGAUAACGUGGGAACUCGCGCCAUAUCUCGAAUGGUUUGUGCGAUCCGAAUGUGACAUUCGAACCAUUCGCCCUCGUGAUCGAUCAGUCAGCGGUCCAUGCUAG